CUCGCUGCUCGCUGCCUCGACCAAAGCACGCAUCCAACAACAACAAUCAGUCUCAACCCCUUGCGGCCACUUUUGGGCGAUCAACAGCACGCUCAAGACGUCACACUAGGCACCACAGACACUUGUACGCUUCUAUCCCAUCAGCCAGUGUGCGCCAAAGCUCGUGUGACGCCGCCAGAGUGCGAAGCAACCGCCGACGCCCCGCCCCCCUCACCAGCGCCGCCAUCCAACCACCAACCGACAACUCGCACACUCGGUAUCCCGACCAUCCCGACCGGCGCGCACAACCCGACACGUUACGUCGUCGGUGCACGCCUUCUGUGCUUCGCCCCCUAUCCUCUGCCCCUCUCCACACACCAAUCUCGUCAUCAUGCCGCAGACACACAAGCCUCGGCGAAAUACCACACUCUACCUCCCGCCCCCGGCCCCUCGCUCCGACCAGGCCGGCUCAUCGUCGUCACCGGACAAGGCGCCGGUGAACACGCCGUCCCUCGAUGUCCUGCUUAUGGCGCAGCAGAUUGCCCACUCUCGCGGCCACACGUUUGACAUUGAGUCCUUCCUCCUUCCAGAGCAGCGGGAAGAGUAUCUCGCCUAUUUGUGCCAGGAGGGGAGCAGCGGCGAGCCAGAGGCCGACGCCGAGGCGGUCGAGGUGGUCGAGGCAGUCGAGGUGGUGGAGAACGGGACGCCAGAAGCCGAUAGGACCGAGGAGCCACGGCCGGGGAGUGAAGAGACUGAACAGCCCGGUCCGCGUGAGCCGGUGACUCCACCGCCAGCGAAACGCAUCAAGACGGGCUCGCACAGCAACACACCACUGGCGCAGGUGUAUUGGAAGCAGCGACUGGACAGGCUCGCGCUCGCAGGUCGCGGAAGAUCAAUGACCCCCCGGUCAUCGACACCCCGCGCGUCGGUCAAGCCAGAACCCGAGGAGCCUGGAACGCCAUCAACGCCGGCGCCACAUACGCCAACCCAUCAUGGCAAGCACAAGGGCGAGCAGCUGCCUCUCACACCGGCCGAGAAGGCCAGCAUUCAGGAGUCGGCAUCGUACUGGAACCACCUCCUCGUGCAGGCUCGCUCCGAUCGCGGACCACAAUGGGACUAUAACACCCAGAUGCUCCUCUUCGACCGCCAGUCACAGGACUACUACUCGCAUGGCCAGCCACCACCUGCGACUCCUCCCCCACCAUCCCCCAAGCGUCUCCCGCCCGUCGAGGCCGCACCCCCCGCGCCAGCGACAACGGCUGCGGCGCCGGCCGCCGCAACGACUCCUUCGGCCAAGCCUCUGGACAAGCUUCCUAAUGGCGCUCCCGCAGCAGGGCCGAAUGGUGAGUCGUCUGCCACCCCAGCCGCACCAGCCGUUGCACGAGCUACAACGCCUGCUCCAGUCGCUGCGCCAGCGCCGACCCCCGCGGCUGCCACAACACCAGCAGCGUCGGCCAACCCGCUCCCUGGCGGCUUCCCGCGCCCCGGUUCGGCGCAGUCGCCCGCGGCCCCGAGCCCAAGUGGAGGAGGACCACAGCGGUUCCCCUUCACCCAGCCGUCUCCAUCGCCGUCGACGCCGCAUGCGCCGACCCCAACAGCCCAGUUCCCGCCCAACUUUGCGCAGUCACCAGCCGGCACGCCAGGCUUGAACCCGUCCCAUUUACCACCUAGCCCGGCUCACUCCAACUCGCCUGCUCCACCAAUGCCAGGACAGCUGCCCCAGCAGCCGCAGCAAAUCCCACCGCACAUGCUGCCGCCGCACAUCCGUCUCGCGCAGGCACAGGCGCAAGCGCAGGCGCAGGCCCAAGCCCAGGUGCAAGCCCAGGCUCUGGCGCUGGCACAAGCAGGUGGCGACCAGGGUGGUGGUGGUGGCGGGCCAGGAGGACCAGGUGGCUUCCACCUCAACCCCGCCAUGCUGCAGAUGCCCCAGGGCCAGAACCAAUUUGGCGGCUUGCCAGGCGGUAUCAACCCCAUGGCGCUGAUGGGUGGAGGAGGUGGAAUGCCCGGUGGUGUGCCCGGCAUGCCAGGUGGAGUUCCUGGUAUGGGUGGCGGACCAGGAGGACCGCCAUUCGGACCUCCAGGCCAAGGACCCAGUCCCAUGCUCGCUCGCGGCGGUGCUGGGCCGAUGCUCGCCGGAGCUUGGGGUGAGAACAACUUCACAUCAUGACGUGUGGUCAAAAGUCGCGGCGCAUCGGUCGUUGUUGGCACUUUGCAUGCACUUGUACAACCUCA